GCUCCUCGCGCACUCACACAAACACUUCUCUCUGUCUCUCCAUCGGUUGUUCUGUCUCACACUGACCGGUUAAAGAUGUUCUGCAGACGGCUGCUGCAGAGAGUCACACCGCUGACACGGAGGUCUCUCAAUCCAACAUGUAGAGAUGGUGAGUCAGUUUCAGUGCGACACAUGGCCUUUGGGAUCCCAGGUGGCUCCACCAGCAUGACAUACUUUCUUCUGUGUGGAGGAGGACUCACUGCUGCAGUCGUCUAUGCUUACAAGACAGUGAGUGGUGACAGUAAAAGUUAUGAGAACACACCGGCCGACAUGGACUUGGCAACAAAGGUGUCCUUAGUUGUUGCAGAGUCUGUUCCUCCUCCUGCAGAGGAAACAGCUGAGCCUGUCGCUGAAGCCGUGUCCGAGGACGCUGCAGAUGUGGUUGUUUUGGAGGCUCCAACAGUCGCAGAAGAAGCACCUGCAGAGAAAGAGGCUGAGCCGGAAGCUGCUUCUGUCGGUGCAGAAGUUAUUGCCAUAGUGGAGGCUCCAGCAGUGGCAGAAGAAGCACCUGCAGAGAAAGGGGCUGAGCCUGAAGCUGCUUCUGUCGGUGCAGAAGUUACAGCCAUAGUGGAGGCUCCAGCAGUGGCAGAAGAAGCACCUGCAGAGAAAGGGGCUGAGCCUGAAGCUGCAUCUGUCGCUGCAGAAGUUAUUGCCUUAGUGGAGACACCAGCAGAGGAUGCAGAGGAUGCAGCAGUAGCAGUAGAGGACACAGCAGCAGACAUCACUGGUACGGCUACACUGGAAGAAAUCUCUCCUGUUCCCUCAACUGAGGUUGAGGUUGCUCCUGCUUCAGAAGUGGCUGCAUAAAUCUCAUGAGCCUGAAUAAAGGGAUUAGGUCAGCUGUGCUCCUAGAAACAAAAGGACUAUUUUUAAAAACCUGAGUACAUGCAAAAAAUUAUCAGUUCAAUUUUCGGGUGCCUUUUCUUCCUUUUACCUCACCUCAACCUUUUUGAGCUUAAACCACACACAUUUAGGAUUAGGGUAUCAAAGUGGAUUCUGUUUAAAAUAUUCUAUCUGAGGAAAUUUGGUAUUUAGGGAUUGAACAGAGUGGACAAUUAAUGUUCUCUGUGAAAUAAUAUUUAAAGUUGCCUUAAAAACAGGACAUGGUCCAGUUCUGUCAUUGUGCUCUGCUCGGCAAAUACUUUAAUUCUCAGCAUUCAGUGUUUACCCUGAAUGUUGUCUUAGAUUAUGAUUAUAAUAUAUAGUGGUUGUUUCAUUCAGAUUAAAUUAAAGUCUGUUCAGUGUUUAGUUUCGGGCUGCAGGUGUGUUUCACUCUCACAUUGAGAAAAAAGUUAAAACGGAAUCAUUUUCCUCAUUGUUUUUGUCACAAUCUGACUUUUAGUCAAAUCCUUAUAUUUUCAGUUGUUCAGUUAUCACACCUUUUCCAUAAAAAUGCCAUUUUUAGUAUGUAAGUAUUUCGCAGACAUCCUUGCUCUGUCAGGUGUCUUUCAUUGUGAAACUGAUCUUUCAGGGAUAAUCACAGAAAAACUAUCUAUUCACCUCUCUCCGAGCACUGAAAGAUACACAAAUGUAUGUUGAUUGAUAAGUAAGUUGUGUUUCAAUAAAGUUACUUGUUGAUGGUUGGA